UGACGAAAAAGCCAGUGAUGAUUUCCUGUGUUUUGAAAGUCGCUUGUUGGUAUAUUACCCUGCGCUAAAUAAGUUAGAAAUGUGAAUUUAUAGUGUGCAGAAAAUGGGAGAUAUUCACAGCCGCGUCUUCAAUUAGUUAACUAGAUUCUACCCUUUGAAUUUGGGGUAACAGUUAACGUUAGACUGUACGAUUUGAAGUCAUGAAUAAUUACAUGUUUAUCAGAGUUGUUGGAAAGGGGAGUUAUGGAGAGGUGAAUCUGGUGAAACACAAAAUCGACCGUAAGCAGUAUGUCAUAAAGAAGUUGAACUUGACCACGUCCUCGAAACGUGAGCGGCGAGCCGCGGAACAAGAGGCUCAGCUUCUCUCGCAACUACGACACCCAAACAUCGUGACAUACAGGGAGUCGUGGGAAGGAGAAGACUGCCAGCUCUACAUCGUCAUGGGCUUCUGCGAGGGAGGCGACCUCUACCAUAGACUCAAGCAACAGAAGGGGGAACUCCUACCUGAAAGGCAGGUGGUGGAGUGGUUCGUCCAGAUAGCUAUGGCCCUCCAGUAUCUACAUGAGAAGUGUAUCUUGCACCGGGACCUGAAGACCCAGAAUAUCUUUCUGACCAAGACUAACAUCAUCAAAGUGGGGGACCUUGGCAUUGCCCGUGUUCUGGAGAAUCAGAAUGACAUGGCCAGCACCCUCAUAGGAACACCAUACUAUAUGAGCCCGGAGCUAUUCUCCAACAAACCCUACAACCACAAGUCUGACGUGUGGGCACUGGGCUGCUGUGUGUAUGAGAUGUCCACCCUGAAACAUGCCUUCAAUGCCAAGGACAUGAACUCACUGGUGUACCGCAUUGUAGAGGGAAAGUUGCCUCAGAUGCCGAGUAAGUACGACCCUCAGCUGGGAGAGCUGAUAAAGAGCAUGCUGUGUAAGAGACCAGAGGACAGACCUGAUGUCAAACAUAUCCUACGUCAGCCCUACAUCAAACGACAAAUCGCAAUGUUUUUAGAGGCCACCAAAGAGAAAACUGCCAAGUCCAGAAAGAAAGCUGUUGGUGGUAGUUGCAGACCCAGUGCAGCGUCUAUGGUUUCGUCUAAGCCCAGGCCUGAGCCCCCCCCUCAAUGUCCCCAGCCAGACCUAAACACCAAAGGGAAAAGGGAGGAGAUGAACUCACAAAGCCGUAAUGGAUACAAUGGAAUCAUAAAGGACGCCCCACCCAAGACAUAUCUAACACCCAAAUGCCCUGCAUCAGACAUUCUCAACACCACUGGUGCAUCUUUAGCAACCAUCAGUAACAUUGACAUUGAUAUCCAGCCACAGGAAGAGGAGAGAAGGGCCCAGAGAGGGGAUCCUCCCCAGUUCGUGCCUAACGCCAGCUCAGAUAAUGACACUCUGUGUCAGAGACCCAUAGAGGAGCUGAGGAGAGGGAUACAGGAUCCCUCCCACCCUCAGCCUCCCCCUCGCAGGCUGCUAUCAGGUGUCAGUAGCAGGGUAGAGGAGAGGAGGACCGCCAAUGGACCUCUAAUGCAGUGUGCUUUAAAUCACAGAGACGGAGUCAGAACCUCUGUAGAGAGAACUGUGAACAUCGACGAUAAGGAUGACACAAUGGAGCUACUCAAAGAUGUGGUCAUUGAGAGCCCUGUGCCUGAACAGACCGUAAGUCUGAAUGUUUCCACCACCUUGCCUGAAUCAAGGUCUGCAGGGGAAUUCAAAGUGGAAUCCACUGGACAGACUUUUGAAGUAAAUAUCGAUAACAAAGAUGACACCAUGAAUCUUCUGAAGGAGGAUCCCACACAAAAACAUCCUGCAGAUGUCAGAGAGAGCUUGGAAUCCACAGAAAAGCUCCUAGAGCCCCUUCCUCCUGUUAUAACACUGGAACCCUGUCACAUGGAGCCUCUCUCUCCAGUCCCAGACCAGGACACACUCCCUCUGUGUACGCCCUCCUCUGAGCCAUUUGUCUCCCGGCAACGCAGGCAAAAGGACAGAAGGUGGAUACAGAGUGAUCCGGACAAGUGUAAAGUGGCAGGUCCUAGACCUCUACCGCCUCCUCCUGUUGAUGCAAUGGUAGUGGAGGAGAAGAGGAGCAGGGCAAACACAGAGAAGAAGAGGGCUGCCACAACAAACUCUUCAACAACCAUCAGCUCCUCCAAGGACAGCAACAUUCCACUGACACAAGAGCGUCCUCUGUCCGCCAGGGAGAGGAGAAGACUGAGGCAGUCCCAGGAGAACCCAAGCCAACCAGUAAGAAGGGCGUCGAAUGAUGUUGCCUCGUUACAUAAUAAGCAGCCAGAGUUCCAGAACCCCACUGUCACUCGCUCUGUAUCUGACAUGGGCAAGGAAAAAAACAAGCAGGACAGGUUGCUGGGGCGACCGUCUGACGACGAUGAAUACAGCUCAACCGAUCACUCAGAGAGGGACUGCAAAGAGGGAAAGAGUGAAUCCGGUGAUAUGCUGGACCUGGUUCAGAUGAUGGCCCAUACAUUGCGAAUGGAUGGCAGAGAUGCUGUUAGUGAGCUGGAUGGUGGUAGUAGAUCUGGCUCUACUCCACUGGCUGAGUUUAAGUUGAACAGGAAGUACAGGGACACCCUGGUGCUGCAUGGGAAAGCUAGAGAGGAGCAGGAGUUCCACUUCGGUGAAUUACCCAAUGGCACCACAUCUGGACCGGCGAAGGUCCGCAGAGCCAUUGAGCACCUGAGAACAGAUGUGGUGAAGGGACUGGGGGUGAAGCUGUUGAACAGAGUCCUGGACAUAAUGGAGGAUGAUGACGAGGACAAACGAGAGCGGUGUCUUCGGGAGCAGAUGGGAGAGGACAAGUACCAGUCAUAUGCUCUGAUGGUGCGGCAGCUAAAGUUCUUUGAGGAUGUUUCGUUCAAGGAGACGUCCAAUCGGCCUCACAACCACAGACCUUGUGUAACCAUGCCAGGCUAGGACCUCCACAUCCGGCUUCUUUACCUGCGGGAUCGUCUGAGACCAGCUACCCGGACAGCUGAUGAAAAUGACAACUAUUUCUGUUUGUAAUAAAGCCCUCUCGUGGGAGAAAAACGAAUUCUGAUUGGCUGGGCCUGGCUCCUAAGUGGGUGGGCCUACAUGUCAUGUGAAAUCUAUAGAUUAGGCCCUUAUUAAUUUAUUUAAAUUGACUGAUUUCCUUAUAAAAAAUGUAACUCAGUAAAAUCGUUAACUGUUGCGUUUAUAUUUUUCUUCAGUAUAGUUGAAAAGUAGCUAAUUAGCUAAAAUACUAAAGUUGUCUGAGAUUCAACCUUUGGGUUGCUAGAUGUUCACGUUAUUUUUCCUUAAGUAACCAUCUGUCUUGUGUAACCAAACGUAACAUAUCAUACUAAUGAGUGUCUUGGAUUUACAUUUACUAUGCUACGUCUAGUCUGAGACCAGGCUGGGAAAUAUGGCCACGUGGGAACCCUAACCAUAUGGAACUGGGAGUCGUGAUCAAUGGCUAGGGUUAAACCUAGUGUAAAACAACACACUGAAAAGUACAUUUUAAUAGGCAUGUUUGUCAGGCCACUCACCGCUGAGGCAAGUAUGAUUCCUUGAAAGAUCUGCUCCGCCAGUUUUUGUCCUUUAUAAUCCUGAAACAUCAAGCCAUUUGCAAAGUUUAUCAUUUUUGAGGAAAAACUGGUAGAUUGUUACAUCACAACUGGAACACUAAUAUCUGACGUGUCAAUCAAUAAUCAAGACAGAUCAAGAAGGUUCAUCAGAAGUGGUACCUUGAAGAGUAGUAUUAUUAUAGGCUUUGUGAUUGGGGAUGCAUUUAUACAUUUGGUUAUAACUACUAGAACUCUAGGGCAUCCACAAUAACACAUGGGAUCUAUCUUGCGGUUCAUAAAUGUGCCAUAUUGGCAUCUAGCUGGCUAGCAUCCAAACAAUGAUCAAUGUUUGAUUCCAACAAUAUGACAUGGAUUUAUGGUUGGAUGAAUAAUUAGCUAAUUAUUAUACUCUUAACAAUGUUCAAUAUUAUUUUUGCUUCGAACUAGUUUAUACGUUAUUGCUCCCUAACUAGCUUACUGCAACUGCUUGAAAUUGUAGCAAACGUUAGCUAGCCUUUGAUUAAUCUACUCAUGCUUUUUUAAUUUGUAGCUAUUUGCAACAGUUGGUGAAUUCAGUAAUAAUUAAAAUUCUUACCAUGUGUGUUGGAAUGGAGUUAAAUAUUGACAACAUCUUUUUCUACGUCAGAUAGCUAAUCAGCUUAAAGUAAAACUGCAUACAAUUUGUCUGGUUAGACUUCCGGUUUCAAAAA